AAAAAAUUCUGAGAGAAAUUCUAUCAUCUCAGUCACAUGAAGAAAUGGAAUCAUAUCAGAAGUUGGAGCUGUAUGGAACAUUAUAUGAAGCUAACGACACCGAUCUUAUUCAAUCCUGCAUCAGGGAGAUUGAUUUCCGUGGCGAAUCCUUCACUACAGCAGGAAUGCAUGUAAUGUCAUCAGAUAUACGACGCUGCAACCACCUAACUCGGGUUUGUCUAAUCAACUGCAAUCUCAAUGCUGAACUGGUUCAUAUCCUGCAGUCAAAUUUGGAAGGUUCCUGUUUGAAGUUGGAUGAACUAGAUGUCGGUUACAAUAGUGAUCUUGGACCUGCUGGUUGGGCUGAAGUUGGAUUAGUUGUUACACAAUGUCAGGUGAAGGUAUUCAAGGCUGAGAAUUGCAAUCUGACAGCAGAAGGAAUGAAAGCAUUCAAGGAAAACACUGGCAAAGCAAAGUUGGAUGAACUAGAUGUCAGUUACAAUGAGGAUCUUGAACCUGCUGGUUGGGCUGAAGUUGGAUUAGUUGUUACACAAUGUCAGGUGAAGGUAUUCAAGGCUUGGGAUUGCAAUCUGACAGCAGAAGGAAUGAAAGCAUUCAAGGAAAACACUGGCAAUGCAAAGUUGGAUGAACUAGAUGUCAGUCGCAAUAUUGAUCUUGGACCUGCUGGUUUAGCUGUAGUUGGAUUAGUUGUUACCCAAUGUCAAGUAAAGGUGUUCAAGGCUUGGGGUUGCAAACUGACAGCAGAAGGAAUGAAAUUAUUCAAGGAAAACACUCUUAAUGCAAAGAUAAAGCUCCUGGAUCUAAGUCGGAACCAAGUCAGCGAUUUCGGAGAUGAAGGAUUAACUACAAUCAGUGAAAUUGUUCAUCAAUGUCUGGUUGAAACAUUGGAGAUGAAUUAUUGCUUCUUCAACAGUGAUCAGUUGGAAAGAUUCAAAGCAUUGAUCGCUGAUACCGGGGUUUAAUUCAUUGUCGACUAGAAUCCACAAACAAUGAAUCGAAUAAUCCUCGUCGCUGGGAAUAAGUCAUUCAAGCUUUAAUUUUAUUCAACUUCAACUGGUUAAUUUUUAUCAACAAAAUUAGUUUCAUAGUAUUAAUUGUUUCCUCUCCAUACAAGGCUCAAGCAAGCAUCCAUUUAUACAUAUGAAUCUGCCACAAUGCUUAAAGAUCAGACACCUGAACAUAUCAGGACUCUAGUGUGUAAUUUAUACAAUGUUCCCAACUAAAUCUCUCUUCAAGCAUUUCAUUUUGAUUAGAAAUAUUUUUUCAUCAUAUUCCCUGUCAACAGAAUUAAAAGUUCAUUCCCUUUUAAAGCUAAAGGAGGUAUCCAUUCAAGCGUAUGGAUCCACUCUUCCUAGGAUUUGUACCUGUUUACUUAAUAUAUUAAACUAAGUAAAAUAAUGAGUCGGAUCAACCUGGUCUUGAACUAAUGAUCUCAGAGUUCACUUGCUGAUAUUAUGUUAACAACCAUGUCCUGAAUUAGAACUCAAGUAUAACCCAAACCCCCAAGUAAUAGGAUUUGUACAAUAUGUUACUCUGCCUAUUCAAUGCUCACAUUUUGAUGUCGCACACAUUUCUUGCAUAUUCCUAGUGUUUACCUUUUCCUUAUCCACCCCAAUGAUGAUUCUAGUUCAGCGGUGGGCAAGGUUUUCGAACCUGGGGCCAAAAAUUUUACCCACUUAGACUGGUGGCCAUGUAAGUGUGUGACGUAAAAAGUUUAAUUUUAUGAACAUUAGUUACAGUGUUAAAAAGGCAAAAGUGGAAAACAAUAAGCCUUAAUUUAAACGCAAUCUCAACACAUUUUCUGAGCUACUUUUCAGCUGAAACAUCAAAAUUUAGUUUUAGUGUAGUUGUGACAGCAUUGGGUGGACCAGAUUCAAUUACCCAACAGGCCGGAUUUGGCCCGUGAGCCUUAGUUUGCCCAUGUCAGUUCUAGUCAUUUAAUUGAAUAUUUUCAUUUUCUUAUUGCACUGUUUUCAUGAUCAGUAUGUGCUGUAUAUUGAGCUUCAACCACUGCAUGUUUAAUUUUUCACUUUCAAUAAUUUUGAUAUUUACGUCAGGGGUCGGGAACCUUUUUUGGUCAGCCAUAAAAGGUACAUAUUUUCAACUGCAUUUCUGUGCGAGCCAUAUAGCGUUUCUUCAUUUAAUCAAGCCUGAAAUUUUUACUUUAAAGUCAACAAAUACAAUGUUAAUAUACAUUUAA